AGCCCUGUGGUUCGAGUGCCCCGGAGUCGCGCGCGCCGCUUGAAGGCUCACCAUUCCCUGUACUGUCGUGCUCCCUGAGGCCUCAGAUGUCUUUGCACCUGAGCGAAGGCUUCCAGCAUCAGCAGGGCGUCCAGGACGACGCCUCUGCGCGUUGUGCGGUUUGUUGCGACACCCAGCAGGGGCACAAGACUUGCGAGGAUCUGGCCAGCGGCACCUCCGACGAGGCCAAGGUCGAGGACAAGCUCGUGGACGCCUCCAGAAGGUCUCCGUUGCCAAACUCUGAUGGUAUUGCCGCGGCCGUCUGGACUGGGGGGCUGGCAUACGUUCGGGCCGCAUUGCCCAGCGGCCAGACGACUCUUUGGACGACACGGAGGCGCGGGACAUUUCCGAUACGUGGAACAAGCGCCAUCAGUUCAAGGUGGGGCUGCACCGUCUGUUAUCCGACGUGUUGUUGACCCAGCGGUGCAGGCAGCUCAACGCCAAGUCUCGCCGUAUCAGCCUGCUGCCCCCAGAGCAGGUGCGUGCGGCCAACUCGCUCGAACGCAAGGGCCGCUUGUCGUUUGCUCUUGAGCCUGGCCAGGUGCCCGUGGCGGAGAUCGCGGAGGUGGGGUCACCCAGCAACAUUAAUUUUGACCCUGCCCUCGGCCGAGAGGGGCAAAUACAAAGAGCUCGAAGUGACCAGAUAAGACUCCGUUCAGUGCCUCGUGGCAAGUGGCGGGUUCUUACAUGAUUGUUCAGUACCGCAGAGAACCCGAGUGGGCCUUAGGACACUCCACUCAUUGCCCCGCGGCAUUGUGGCGGAUGUUGAAGCUUGGAUAUGGAUGGUGGACUGAAGAUAAGCUGGCCCAUGUACGGUAUAACGCUCCCAACGCUUGCCUCCCGUGCCAAAUUUCUAGGGACACCAUAGAUAAUAUAUUUUAUUGCUGCCAGCACCCAGAGGCAGUUGCCCUCAGGUCAGAGUUUUUGACGCCAGACGUUGUGCAGGCCGCGCUGGAGGCGCCAGAGCAGAGCCUGCUGUUCUGUUGCGGAGAGUUCGAGCACCCUGGAGAGCAGCACGACGAUGUACCACUGCCAUUGGAAGUGCCUAUCGUGCAAUUCAAGCGUCACGAUGGUCAGCCAGAGAGGGUCCACGACUUCUGGGGGCUCCCGGGGACUGAUGGGUCAUGCACCAGACUAGACAUCGCUGAAUUAAGCAGGGCUCCGUUCUCGGUGGGCUAGCUUCCCUCAGACUCAGGAUGGGGAUCACAUGAAUUUCGUAGUGCUUAAAGAGGCCUUCACUAAGCCUGCUUGCUCUUGGGUGGCCUGCAAGGCGGCCUUCGUUUAGCAUGCGAAGCCUCUGCCGCAGCGUUUCAGUGCCAAGCUUAAGUCUUCAGGCCUACACAAGUUUGCACUUGCGCCGAAUGGUAGGCAGUUGAUCCAAGAAUUUCUCGAUAUCAAGAGCCACCAGGACGUAGAGAGUCCAACUGGACAGGCCAAGUUUGCUGCUGAAAUCAUCUAGACUGCCGAUGCGGCCGCCAAAGAAGCGUAGCCACGCGUGUCUCUUGCCAUCCCGCAUUUAAUAUUUCAGCGUUGCAGCAGCUCGAACACACGAUUGCCACGGCCAAAGCGGUGGUCAACUCUGCCCCAAGAGUGCUGGCCCUGUGCCAGAUAAAUAAUCACAAGAG